AUGCAGCAUGUAUCAGUGUUCGGAUACCCAACACCGCCAGCAUCGCCAGCUUUCGGUCAACCCUGCACCAUCCCCGGCCCCCACAUCGCCGUUCAACAGCCGUGUCUGCCCCGGUUCGCUCCGGCCACUCCGGAGGAGAGGCUAGGGAGGUUCAUCACGAGCUCGUUGCAACUUACCGGCAUCGUCGGGACAGGCGCCUACGGUGUGGUCUACUCGGCCGUCGACACCAAGACGCAUAUCCGCUAUGCCGUCAAGUGCCUCAGCAAGUUCAACCCGGACGGGACCCCCUUGGACCGCCGCCAGGUAGCCUUCCAGACCAGGGAGAUCAGGCUUCACUACCACGCGUCAAACCACCCCAACGUCGUUUCGAUCCUGAAGAUCAUCGACUACCUGGACUGCAUCUACGUUAUCUUGGAAUACUGCCCCGAGGGUGACCUGUUCUUCAACAUCACCGAGCGUGGGCAGUACGUGGGUAAGGAUGAGCUGGCCAGGAAGGUCUUUCUUCAAAUCCUGGACGCCGUGGAGCACUGUCACAGCCUUGGAAUCUACCAUCGGGACUUGAAGCCGGAGAACGUCCUUGUCUCCGACCAGGGAGAGACUGUCAAGCUGGCAGACUUUGGCCUGGCUACGUCUUCUGAGCGCUCCGAGGAUUACGGAUGCGGCUCGACUUUUUACAUGUCUCCAGAGUGUCUGGACCCAUCAACAAGGAGGCCGUUUUACUACUGCGCCCCUAAUGAUGUCUGGAGCCUUGGAGUGAUCCUGGUGAACCUCACCUGUGGGCGCAACCCGUGGAAGCAGGCGUCCUAUGAGGACUCUACCUACAGGGCGUACACCAAGAGCCAGGACUUCCUGAAGACCAUCCUCCCCGUGUCGGAUGAACUGAACGACAUUUUGGGGAGGAUCUUCACCCGGAACCCGGACGAGAGGAUCACGAUCCCCGAGCUUCGCGCUCGGAUCAUGGCCUGCUCCCGAUUUACCGAGUCGCCGGCCGCCCAGCUGUCGGCCGAGCCUGCAUCGCCAGGCCAAACCACUUACGUUUGCGAGGAGUCCGCCAUGGACGACGAAUACGACGACUACGACGAGGUGCCGCUUUCGCCUGCAUCCUCUGAUGGAGAGUCGUGCUCGUCUGACGAGGGCUCACUCACCUCGACCUGCUCCAGUAUGGGAGACUCCGACGAAGAUGAUUUCCUGGGAGACGACAUCCCGGAAGCCAAGACCCCACCACCACAAGCGCAAGCACCGAUGGGAGAACCAGCAAUCUACGAACCUGAGGAACAGCCGGCUAUGGCCUCGUACCACCACGUCCAACACCAGCAACUGCCGGACUACAUGCACGCGUACCAGCCACAACACCCUGUGGCUAUCCAGGACCCGGCGCUGGCCAUGCCUGUGCCCGUCCAGCCGUGUGCGCCGCCCAAGUACCAACUCCAGCAGUUUGUUUGGGACGUGUCGAGGUUUGCGCAGCCGCCGCAGCCGCUUCCUUUCCACCAUCAAGUUCCCAUGUACGCCCCCAUGCAGGGCUGCUACUAG